AUGCAGGUUGGGGUCGCUUGUCACCGCUCUAUCCCCCACUACGCCUGCCUACUGGAAACAAAAUCGAAAUCGAAAUCAAUCCCUCUUCUCCCGACAACAACAGGGACAAGAGCAGCUCCAAAUUAUGUUAUUGUACGGGUUUCAUUUGAUUCUCGGGGCCGAGCUGCUAGGACUGAAGGAGAAGGAGCAGGAGCAGGAGGAGGAGUUCCGGUGGAGGAAGGAGGGGAGGAGUACCGGUUCCAGUCCGGGUUGUGGCAAUUGCAGCAGCAAUGCAACAGCAGCAGCAGCAGCAGCAAUGGCAAUAGCAAUUGCAGUAGUAAUCUCUCCACCAGCUCCUCUCGCUUGCUCUUCAAGACUCUCAAGCUUGCAAUUCCUAUUCUCCAGGCCCUCCCUCCGACCCCUCCUGGCCACCGCCCUCCUCUCUCCAAAGCCCUCUCUGUCGCCUUCAUUCUCGCCGAUCUUCAGAUGGAUGCUGAAGUUAUCUCUGCUGGUAUAUUGAGACAAGUUCUAGAGGCAGGUGCCAUGUCCUUCUUUCAAGUCAAGGAUCGCAUUGGUACCAGUACUGCUCAUUUGCUUCACGAGAGCUUACGCCUCAACAACAUUUAUUCGAAAGUCCAAAUCCUAGAUGAUGAUUCUGCUGCUGCUUUAAGGAAAUAUUGUCUCACUUGCUAUGACUCCAGGGCCUUAAUACUUGACCUUGCUCUCAAGCUUGAUUCCAUGCGCCAUCUCAAUUACCUUCCCAGGUACCAGCAGCAAUUAAUUUCUCUCGAGGUCAUGAAGAUACAUGCCCCUUUAGCUCAUGCCUUGUCCACCAACAUUUUAUCUCUGGAGCUGGAAGAUCUUUCCUUCCGCUACUUGUUUCCUUAUUCUUACGUCUAUGUGGACACAUGGUUGGGGAGCCACCAGACCAGUGGAAGCGAGCAUCUGUUAGACAUCUACCAGGAGCAGCUGCUUCAGUCCCUGAGGUCGGAUCCAAUAUUAACAGAAAUUGUUGAUGAUAUCUCUGUCAAAGCUCGUUCCAAAAGUCGUUAUAGCACCAUGAAGAAGCUUUUGAGAGAUGGACGCAAGCCUGAAGAGGUGUACGACAUCUUAGGACUGAGAGUAAUCUUAAGUCCUUCCCAAGUUAAUUCAUCACAACUUGGAGAAAAGGCAUGCUACAGAACUCGUGAAAUAAUUCGGUCUUUAUGGAAGGAGAUCAGUCGGUCAAGAGACUACAUCGCCAGGCCAAAGGCAAAUGGGUACAGGAGCUUGCACAUGGUUGUUGAUAUCAGUGAUAGUGGCAGGCAUAGACCGAUGAUGGAAAUACAGAUACGGACAGCAGAGAUGGACAUGUUGGCAGCUGAUGGUACAGCUUCCCAUGCACUGUACAAGAGUGGCCUUACUGAUCCUGAAGAGGCAAAGCGUCUCAAGGCGAUCAUGAUAGCUGCAGCUGAAUUUGCAGCAAUGCGCCUGCAAGACCUCCCGUCUGCUAAUACUAGGUGUCUUGAGAUUGACCGUAGAGAUCGAGUUUUUUGUCUUCUUGACAAGGAUGGUGAUGGUAAAAUCAGCAUUGAAGAACUUAUGGAAGUAAUGGAAGAGCUAGGUGCUGAAGGAGAAGAUGCUCGGGAGAUGAUGGAACUUCUUGAUUCAAAUAGUGAUGGUUCUUUGAGCUCUGAUGAGUUUGAUUUAUUUCAGAAGCAGGCUGAAUUGAUGCGCAAUUUAGAUGCUAGAGAUGAUCAGUACAAGACCUUGUUAGACGAGAAGCUCCAAAUAUCAGAUAGCAGUGGUGUGAUUCAGGCAUACACCUAACAACUCAUAGACACGUCUGUAACAAAUAGGACUUGCUUGUACAGCUACAGGUGUAUAUUAGAAAUCACUCUGCUGCUAUGUCCCUGAAGGGCUUUUUGUCAUAAUGAAUAAGUAAACAGAACGAUUUGAAUUUUACUCAUAUUUUAAGCUGUGGACCUCCCACUAACAAUAGAGGGUCCUAAAA